UUUCAGACGGGCUUCUUUCCUUGGAUAAAAGAAGACCUGAAUAAGAAAGCUUGUUGGAAAUGUAAAGUAUGGAUGUUUAUCCCCUUAAUUUGUGCCAUCAUCGUUGCUGUGAUCAUCAUCUCUAUGGCUGUGAACUCAGCCCUCCAUGAAGAUGAAGAUGAGAAGUUCGACCGUUCACAGUUCAACGUUCUACAAUAUUUUGAUGGUAGAUUCCAGUUGUCUUCCAAACCUGUCUCUAAUCAAACUGAAAUGCUUGAAGAGCUUGAAGACAAGCUGGCUGACCUCUACAGGUCCUCCCCAGCUCUGGGAAGAUACUUCUCACAAGCUGAGACUCACCCUCUCAGGAAUGAGACUUCAGUCUUUCUGUACACGCUGAUCUUCGUCCUGCCAUCGGAGCAGCAGGAGGAGCUGAGAAACUUUACUCUGAGCAAGGAGAUGGUGCGGAGCGUGCUCAGACAGUUCCUUUACGACCAGGAUCCAAGUGACUCGGGGAGCGUGUUUAUUGACCCAGUUUCCCUGAAAUUGUUCUAAGUGCACUGAUGACAGGUGCUGAGAAACAAACUGGAAAAUUCAGUCUAGCUUCUAGUUUCCACUGGGAAACCCUAAACCUCGUGGAGGCGCGUUGACUUGUCUCACGGGUCACUUCACAUGGAACUCGCCACAGAAAGCUGUUUUUGACGACACACUGACCAUAUGAAUGAUCUCACAUGAGUAAAGGAGGAUAUGUGGUUUCUGUUUAGGAGCGCCUCAAGUAGAACGAUAAAACAGUGUAUAUAUUUUUAUAUUAAUAGUUUAUUUUU